AUGACCUUUCGCAAGAUGCUCGGCGGGUGGUGGCUCCUGGCCCUGCUUGGCCUCGCGCUGCGCAGCGAGGGCCAUACGUUCCUGCGCCGCGAGGACGAGUCGCUUGGUAUGAAUGCCACGCUUUGCGGCGAGCCCGAGGCCCACCACACGGGCUAUUUGAACGGUCUUUUCUACGUCUUUUACGAGACGCGGGCCCCGAUUCGGGCGCCGACUGACGUGCCGCUCGUGCUAUGGCUCUCGGGCGGACCGGGCUGCUCGGGCAUGAUCGCGAUGCUAUUUGAGCAUGGGCCAUGUAGCGUCAACCAAGCGACGCCGACAGCAACGCUCAACCCGUACUCGUGGACGCAAGCCGCGCACAUGAUCUACAUCGACCAGCCGCGCGGCACGGGCAUGAGCCCUUCCAAAGACGCGUCUAGUUCGUGGACAGAGUCGUCGGCGAUGCGCGACUUGGUUAUCUUCAUGGAAGGGUUCUACCAGACGUAUCCCGCGUACGCAGCCAACGACUUGUACAUCUUUGGCGAAAGCUACGGAGGCCACUACGUGCCCGACUUGGCGCAUGCGAUUGUAUCGUCGACCAACUCGAACACGCGCGACCUCCGGCGCAACCUCAAGGGCAUCGGCAUCGGCAACGGCCUCGUCUCGGAGCGCGCGAUCGCCGACACCAUUGGCACGUAUGCUUCGACCGCGCUUGAGCUCACUGACUCGACCACGCCGAGCGUCGAAGCGUGUGAUGCUGCUAUUGCCGCGUGCCAAUCGCCCGAGAACGGCGGCGUCCGCGAUUGCUCCACGGCAGGCAUUUGCGAGUCGCUUGUCGGUGGCAUUAUAUCGCAAGCGCACCAGCAGCGCAUCAACCACUACGAUAUCCGCGCGCCGUGUUAUCCCGACGUCUUUGGCUUGUGCUACAAAUUUACGCCGCUCUUUCAGUUUAUGAACAAGGCGUCGACGAUCGACGUCCUUGGUCUGGAUCGCAGCGUCUCGUGGGCGCCGUGCAACCAAGAUGUGUUUGCCUACCACAUGGACGCGGAUUGGUACGAAGAGAGCGAGUACAAGGUCGCGGCGCUGCUCGCGGCCGGCAUCCGCGUCCUAGUCUACGCCGGCGACUACGACUUGGUGUGCAACUGGAUGGCCCAAGACAAGUGGACACGCGAUAUGGUAUGGGCCAACCAGACGCAAUUUGCAGCGCAGCCCUUGGCGCCGUGGUCCUACGACGGCGAGUUGGUCGGCGAACGCCGGUCGUUUGGCGGGUUGACCAUGCUGCGUGUCUACAACGCUGGCCACAUGGUCCCAUUCGAUCAGCCCAAGGCGGCGCUUGGCCUCUUCCGCUCGUUUCUGGCCGGCCACUAGAGCUCCCGUCAGCGUGUCGAACAACCUGUCAGCUGUCUACCUUCCUGCACAGUUCUCAGUCCUUGCAUUAUCAAAAGUUGAAUGUCCUUGCUAUCUUGUCU